AUGUCUCGUCGGUCGACGGUCCUGUCUACUGCUUCUUUCUCAUCCCCGCCACGCAGCAGUCAUUCACAACAAAAUACCCCUGGAACACCAUACCCCCGAAUUCACGACACAACAAAACAUCAAAAUGACCGUCUGAACGUUGACCCCAAUGAACUGUUUACAAGGCACACAAUCGCCGAAGUUAGGACUGUCCAACACCGACUGAGGACAGAUGCAGACGCCAAGCAAGAAGAACUCAGGCUUAUGGUUGGAGAACGGUAUCGCGAUCUUCUCCAAACCUCGUCAUCAAUUAUUUCCAUCGCGCAAUCUUCGCGACGUGUGCUAGAUGCGCUUGAUGAAAGCAAGGGGGCAAUUCUCUCACAGGCGGAACCGCCUCUUCCCCAGCGAACGUCUAAUCUGGGCAGUGUGAACGACAGGCGUCUUCGCAGUUUGCAAGUCCUGUCUGCCCAUAUAAAGCUAUUACUUGACGCUCCAGAGCACCUUUGGCGUCUCAUAGAUCGAAAGAAAUAUCUUCCGGCUGCCUGGCUGUUCCUAUUGACUCGUGUGGUUCAUAGAGCGCUUGUGAGGUCAGAAGAACAUGAUGAGGAGACGUGGAAUAAUCUUGGUAUUGAUGUCUUGGACGAGUUUCCAUUGAUUCAGCGUCAGUGGGACGCAGUAUCCCAAUUUCGUUCUCAAAUAAUCCACAAGGCCACUCUUUUCCUUCGAGAAAUGAUUUCCCCCGAGGACGCUUGUGCUACCCUCAUCACUUUGCAUCUCCUGGAUUCUCGCCCGCUCAGCGACACGCUAUCUGCUCUUCUUGGGCAACGCUCUAAGGCUCUGCAGCUGAACCUUUCAUGGAGGGUCGAUGAGAAAACCCCCGCAGAGUAUUCCACCACAACAGGUCUUGUUAUGAACGGCCAUGCAAAGCUCCCCUCUUCUAACGUAUCUGUUCGACGGCAUUAUACUCGGGAAGUCACGCAAGCCAUCCAGAAAACCCUUGGAACUAUCUCCCAGACAGUCUGUUCAGCUCGACGGAUCUUCCAGGACGGCGGAGACAACUCUUCAUUGAUAGUUCACGCUCUACAAUCAAUACAGUCCGAAUCUUUAGAAUCGUCGGCGGAUCAUCUGCCACCUACUGAAAUCUACCAAUCCACCCACACCCUGCUCACAAACCUGACAUCUUCAGCCCAUUUUCAUCUUCUCCCCCCGAGUCUCCGCUCUUAUAGGCCAUACGUUGACAUAGAUUCCUCUUCAGCUCAUCUUUCGCAAGCGAAAUUUGUUGAGAAACUGCAGGACUGGUUCCAACACUCAACAGGGCAAUGGCGCGCUUCCACAGAAGUGUGGAUGUCAAGCAUCCAAUCGGUCCGAGAAGUUUGGACACUGAGAUCGUCUAUAAGGCGAUGGGUAGCGUCGUCUAGACUUGAGGAGCAAGAAAAGUCGCAAAUAUCUAGUAUGCAGGACGAUCUUUGUCAUGAACGUAUUCUUGCCAUUUGGCGCUUUGAGUUGGCCCAUGCCAGUGAUGCUUUUAAAACCCAACUGGGACUCACCCUCUCCUCGAUAUCUCGGCAAGAACAGGAGACGCGAUUAGAAACGCCACUAGAUAUUCUUUUCAGGCCUACACCAGCACCCGUCCUUUCCCAAACACUUAAGCUAAACACGGAUACUCCUUUCCGCAAAUACCAGGCAAUGCUGAAAGGUCAGCUGAUUGGUCGUACAACACAACUUGACGAGGUAUUGUCGACUCUCGAGCGAUGUGCGAGCACAAUUCAACAAGAUCUCGCACAUAUAAUGGGAGUUGAAAUGGAAGCAGAUACCGCGAUGGUGGAGCGAUUAACCCGAGCAUAUCAACCCGCCGCGGAGUCAACGUCAGCCGGCAUCGUGCAUAUGUUGGAAUGUAUUGUUGUGGAUGUUAUUGACAAUUCGGAAAUUUCCAUUCACGAUAUCGUCUUUGUGGCUCAGCUCCUGGAUAGUUUGAUGGUAUCCUCUAACUUCAUAACUCAAAUAGGAUGUGGGCAUUCUGCAAUGCAAAGUUUCAAGGUCAAGACGGCCGCUCUCCACGAUCGUAUGAUCGACCGAUGGCGAGAGUGCACCAUCACGCGCAUCUUUCGCGAAAAUAACCUGCAUCAACCAAAGCAUACCACGAUAGCAACAGUCCCUUCAGGACCCUCACCUCCACUCUUCCGAUCCUUCCUCUCGAUAUCAGCCGCUAUCCAACAGCUAGGAAUUCUAAGGCAUCAGCCCAGGCGCGAUAUAAUUAUACAGUCUACUCUGCAAUCUAUGAUCACGUCGUGGGUUGAUAAUGAACCUCAGCAGCUGGAUGAACAACAUUUGCAAGACUUAGCCUUUCUUCUCGUCGUCGUGGAUCUGUUUGGCAGUGUCUGGGCCGACUUAUCGCAGUCUCUGGAAGGAAGAUUGAAAACCCAUGUGAGAUGCAAUUAUCUGGAGCAACACGACACAGUCACUCAUUGUACUCCAGAUAUACCCCACUUUAGCCGUGAAUGA